UCUACUCCCUGCGCAUGCGCGGUGUUGCUCACUGCGGGAAGUAGGGGGCGGGCACCGCCCUGCGGAGGUGAGCGGCGCCGGCAGGUUCCGGGGCGAUGGCGAAGAACACGGUGUCCUCUGCGCGCUUUCGCCGCGUAGAUGUGGAUGAGUAUGACGAGAACAAAUUCGUGGAUGAGGAGGAGGGAGGCGACGGCCAGGCCGGGCCCGACGAGGGCGAGGUGGAUUCCUGCCUGCGGCAAGGGAACAUGAUGGCUGCAUUGCAGGCAGCCCUGAAGAAUCCUCCAAUCAACACCAAGAACCAAGCAGUAAAGGAUCGUGCAGAAAGCAUUGUCCUGAAAGUCCUCAUCUCUUUCAAAGCCAAUGAUAUUGAAAAGGCAGUACAGUCUCUGGACAAGAAUGGAGUUGAUCUGCUAAUGAAAUACAUCUACAAGGGGUUUGAGAGCCCCUCUGACAACAGCAGUGCUGUGUUACUGCAGUGGCAUGAAAAGGCUCUCGCUGCUGGAGGUGUAGGGUCCAUUGUCCGUGUCUUGACUGCCAGAAAAACGGUUUAAGUUCAGCAGCCAGUGACUGCCUGCCGUGGGUGUGCAAAAUGCUGGUACAAUGACCAAAACAACCAAAUGCCACUGCUGCCCUGGGGGUAGCAUCUGUCUCUCAGCUUGCCUUCUUGCUUCCUCUUUCAUAUCUAUGACAAAAUAUGCAUAUCUGAUUUCCUUUUGCUGUUUGGGUAAUAAUAGAGGUGCCAUUUUAUUUCUAAUAGGAGUAUUUGGUACUCUCAAAAGCAUUUCAGUGACAUAUACACAAGUCUUUGUGUAAGAUGAUUUGCAUUCAUGUAUUAUCAUGCCAGAUUUUGACCUGACUUUCCAAGCAGAUACUGAGGGACUCAGGGCAGUGUCUUAAUUCUUUAGCUAACCAGGCAGUGUUCAAUGUAAGCUGUAUGUUUGAAAAGAUGGUGCAGCUAUUAAUGGAAACUGGACUAUGCUUCUCCUGGUCAAACUCUGAACCCUACAGCACAAGUACAGUGGAAGAACAAGCUCUGGCUCAGAAAAGAACCAGAAUAUCCAUCCAGUGAGUUGAGUAUUUUUUCCUAUCUCACAUUUAUGGUUUAUCUUGGUUUCCUUUGAUCAUUCAAGUCUUGGGUCCACAAUGGGAGAGUCACACUGUUGUAGAAUUGUCUAAGGCAUCACAACACAAUUGUAUGACGUAUUUAAGGAUGAAGGUCCAUUUCCCCUGGGCUUGAACCUAGUGAAGCUUUCCUUUUUUGGACCUGAGAUCCUGAUGAGGAAAAGUAGAAGGGGCUGUUACACAGUUAAAUCCCAUUGCAGCAUGUUGGGAUGGGG